AUGCCGAACAGAACGUCAGUCACUGAAUUCAUCUUGAUCGGAGUGUCAGAUGCCCGUGAGCUCUACGGACCCCUCUUUGGCCUCUUUCUGCUCUUGUACAUAGCCAACAUCGGCGGGAACUUAGUGGUCGCAACAGUCACCCUGUGGGACCCACACCUCCAGACGCCCAUGUACUUCUUCAUCGGCAACCUGGCUUUCAUUGACAUCUUCUACUUCUCCACCACCGUGCCCAAGAUGUUCAUGGGGCUGGUGUCUCACAGCAACCACAUCCCCUAUGCCAGCUGCAUCUCCCAGAUGUUCUUCUUCCAUUUCCUGGGCAGCACCGAGGCCAUGCUUCUAGCCAUCAUGGGCUACGACCGCUACCUGGCCAUCUGCCGCCCGCUCCGCUACCCUAUCCUGAUGAGCCGCCAGCUGAGAUGGACUUUAGCCACUUCUGUGUGGACAGCCGGCUUCUUCCACUCUCUUCUCCACGCUGUAAUGAUGUCCCGCCUCUCCUUCUGCCAAGACAACCGGGUGGAGCACUUCUUCUGCGAUAUAUCUCCGCUCCUGGCCCUCUCCUGCUCAGAUACAGGGAUCAACCAGGCCUUGUUACUUGGCGUGACCGGCUCCAUUAUCAUGGGCUGUUUUGCCUUAACCUUAAUGUCCUAUGGUCUCAUCCUACGGGCCGUGGUGGCCAUGCGCUCAGCAGAAGGCCUCCGGCGUACCUUUUCGACUUGCGGGGCCCACCUCACCGUGGUGGCUCUCCAUUACGGCUGCGCUGGGGCCAUGUACCUGCGCCCCCAUUCAGAAAGCUCCCUGGAAACGGACAGAGCUGUGACGGUGCUUUACACAGCGGUCACGCCCGUCCUGAACCCGCUGAUUUACACCCUGCGUAAUAAGGAUGUUAAGGCUGCCCUGAGGAGGGCUAUCAGCGGGAAUGCCCGCUGUCAGAGAGGUUAA